AUGGGCAGGAACUGUACAGUCUUACAGUCUUCAACACAGAGUGCAAGUAUGUCAUCUUCCGAAUUGAGUGAGAUAGACGAGGGGUAUGACCAGGAGCUAAGCGACAGCGAUUUUGAUCGGCCGGUUCGAGCAAAAAAGCUCAGGGUUCUAGAAGACGAGGAGGAAGUGGAAGAUGAGGAAGACCAAGUCGAGGAUGAAGAUGAGCCUGAAGAGGCGGAAGAAGAGGCAGAAGAUGAACCCGAGAGCGAGCUAGAUUCAGAAGAACUUGAGUUUCUCGACUACAAUGACCAGGGAACGCCUGAUCCUGACAGAAUGACCAACCGACAAAAGUCUAUGUUAAGAGACGAGAAAGGGCCUAGCAAUGAGGAUUUCUUGCAACUACCAGCAAAUUCAAGACAGCAAAAGAUUCUCAGCCAAGAAGAGCAGGCACUUAAGAGAACAGAGCUAGCUAGGCGAAGAAAGAAUCUCAGUGAACGGAAGUUGGAGGAGGAGAAAAUGGAUACACUGAACAAGCUCCUAUACAAGCAACCAAAAAAGACUGCAUCAGGAGCCGACACCCCACAAGAAGAAGAUAAGGGAGUCAAGAAACGGAGAGAAUUCAUAAGCCAUCCUGCCAUGACCUCUUGGAAAUCUAACAAGGAUGGCCUCAGCCUGUCUUGGGGCGUGGAGGCUAAGGUGGAGUUGGAGGAUUAG